AACCCGUGUCAAAAGGCGGUGUAGUUCACCGCCUUCGCCAUGCCGUGUACCCUCAUUUCUCUUCCACGAGUACUCGAUUCACUCCCAGCCUCAAUGGUGAAGCAUCUACAGUGUGUUGCUGCCUAAACCUUUCUUGGGGGCUUUCUUGUUGGCAGAUCGAUCUCCCCUCUGUACCGCUCAAAUUGACUACCACAUGAUCUGCAUGUUCCAAACUUCUCAUCCUCCUCUCGUCUGUUUCUACAGUAUUUCGAAUUUUCCAGGGGACCCUCAAACCAAAAUGGCUUCCCUUGAGUCUGCUCAUCUCACUUCCCGUGCUUCGUCUCAAGCAUAUUCAACUCGAUAUGACAACACUCAGCAUUUUCUCUCAGACUCGCAUUCAUCUGUUGGCAUCAAGCCUUCGAGAUCGAAUCUUGCUGGUAGUGCUGAUAUGGCUGCACAUCCUUUAUCAAAUGAAGGACCAUAUUUUACGCGGCCACCGACCGCUACUUGCUCCCCUCCCCAGUCUCUGCCGGAUGUCUAUGCUUCUACUCCAGAAGACGCCGAAGAAGGGCACUUAGGAAAGGAUUCAGACACGGUACGGCGUGUGCUCCAACAUCUAUGUUCUCUUUGUAGAAUGAAGAAUGGCACGCACGCUGAGUCACCGAAGGGGUACAAUCCAUUCAAAUACGCAACUCUCGAGGAUGUCGAACGGUACCCAGAAGGAUGGUCACAAAUAUCAGCAUUUCAAAAUAUAGAUGAUCGCCUUCUUAUUUUCAGAAGUUUCAACCAACUUCACUGCCGUAUUCUUCAAAAUCUGCAACACGAGAUCAGCCAUCUUGAGAGAAACCUUCAUAACCAAGACAUGCUCAACAACGCUGGCAACAACUUGCGGUAUGGCUUAAGAACUGGGGAAGGGCCCGAUGAGUUUUCAACGAUAACUAAUAUAUACCGGGAACUAGAGAGGAAGUUUCAGAUAUAUGGUAUGUUAAGAUGCAAUACCUGGCAGGGCGAUCAAACUUAAUGGCGGUGAAUAGAUGAUCUUCUUUUGAAGACGAGGGAACUGACGAAACUGCGUAAUAUCCCAAUGAAGAGUUUUCGAGAAUUCUUCACUUUCAUGUGGACCUACAAACCUGUAGACAAGGAAGUUUUGGAAUCGUGCUUCCAUGUGGACGAUCUGGUUCAUCUCUCUGAGUUCGACGACGUCACAUCAGCAGUAGCAGGGACUUGCAGUCUCAUUGCGGCGAGUUUACCCCCUCCCAUUCCUACUUUUCAUUGGGCUUCGUUCCGCCAAAGCUAACUCUAGCCAGAUUUUCUUCUCGCACUGCUAUACCAAGCUCAGACAUUCCACUGGCAACGAUCGUUCAAAUAUCACCUUACCCACCACCAAAUAUCAACCACAAGGGAGGAUAUUCACUGUAACAACGCAUGCGGUUAGCGCAACAUUAG